AUAGGCCACAGGCGACAAUGCACUGACCGCUGUGUGUCUCUUAACCAAUCGUGGUGCCGGUUCAAGGAGAAAGUCCCGCCUUUCAGGAGAAACAGCCAAUCAGCUUGCUGGUUUUGCGGAGAGCUGUUUAGUGUGGGGGAAGCCCCGCCCCUCCCCUCGCUGUGAGUUCAGGCAGCUAGUCGGAGCAGCUGUCGUUAAAACUAAUCUGGAUAUACGGAGAUUUUUCUAAAAGAAAGACUGGGGGACUUAUUUUGUAUAAUUACUCGCUGUGUGAGGAGCUGUGCUGCUGCUGCUGUAGGAGGGAGAUGGACUCCAGCAGGGUGAUGGAGUAUCUGAUGGAGGUAGAAGUGGCAGCUGAAGACGUGCUCGCUGAUAAACAGCAGAUUGUAGACCUUGACGCAAGAAGGAACAGAAAUCGAGAAGCGAUGAAUGCUCUCCGAAAUAGUGCUGACAGUGAUAAAGUAAAAGUCUGCUUUGGAAACAUGUUCAUAAAAUUCCCCAAGGAGAAUGCUCAAGCCAUGAUGCAGAAAGAUCAGGAACAGCUUGACCAAGAGAUAACUGACCUCAGGAAACGUCUAAAAGCGAAAGUAAAUCAUCUCAAUGACUUACAAGGAAAGCCUGAACUCAGGGGCUACAACCUCUCUCCACUUAGCAAUGAUGAACUGAAAGCAGUUAAUAGCAUCCUGAAGAGAUAGGAUGACUCGAGACAAUGGUGCAGUCCAGAGACUUGAAUUUCAGGUGAAAACCUGAUGCCAGACCCAUGUUUAAACUUGAGUGUGCAAUCAGGGGGAGUGUGGGGGAACAUAUGAAGUCAAGUGAACUCUAAAAUCAAGCAGGAGGAAGAUUUUUCUACAAACAGCAUGAGGACAUUUUGUUCAGAUAUGCAAUAAUACACACACAAGUGGACUACAGCGAUACACCUAUUGACACACAUACUUAUAAAAUCUAGAGUUUUGAGUGUGUUGAGUGUGUAAGUGUUAAGUUCGGCUAAUGUGUGAUUUAAAAAUAUAACAUUUUUAUUGUAAAUGUUUAAUUAAGUAAGAUCUCUAUUAAAUAAGAAAUUGUGCUUUCUAAAUAAACUUUACCUUACCUUA